AUGUUUGGAAAAAAUGAUAACUCUCAAUUUGAUGAUAAUGAUAACGGUUUUGAGAAUGAAAAUAACUUUAAUACUUCUACAAAAAUUUUUUCGAACAAAGGACUUCCGGGAUUAAAAAGUUGUUUGAAGAAACCGAUGGAUGAUGUAUUUGAUAUAGGUUCAACUAGUACACUAAACAAAUCAGUCAGAUGGAAAGAAUAUAAUGAAGAAUUUUAUUUUUGUAGCAAAUCCACAGACUCUAAAUCAACAUUUGAUUUUCAACAUCUUCUCGAGGCAUUAACUGAAUUUGCUGAAAAUAUAGGAAAGAAUAAAGAAAGUAUAUCAGAUUGUCCAAUUACAAUUGAGCGGGAUCAUUCACUUAAAAAACGUAUUAUCUUAAUACCUCGAAACACUCCACCAUCUUCUAUUUUACGUUUACUUAAUUUAAAAACAUUCAAAAGUAUAUAUGAAAAAACAUAUAAUUCAAAAAUAUUUUUUAAACAUGCUCCUAGAAAAAUGAGUUUAAAUCAAUGGAAAAGAGUGGAUCUUAUUAUUGUUGAAUCUCUUAAAGAUCUCGAUUUAAAAAAUUACAAAACAAAGAAGGGUUCGAUUGUAGAUAUUAAGAAAACAUAUCCAUUAUUAUAUUUAGGAAUUGAGGGUGAAAAGUAUCACUCUACUUUACUUCAAGAAGGUGUUAACAUAUAUGAAUUUAAUAAAAAUUGUAUGGAAGUGAGCCAGUAUUUUUGUGAUUAUGUAAAAGGUUUAAUUGAACGAAAUCGAGUUAUAUAA